ACCGGAUGUGGCUGAUAUGUAAGCACAAGACUCGUUCAUGAGCUGUGGAUGAUACAAUAGCAAUGGCUGGCAGCAGACUGGAGAGGUUCGGGACUGUAUUCACUCGGGUUCGAGAUCUGAUGCGAACUGGGGUCAUAAAGCCGUCGGAGAAACCCAUCUGGUAUGAUGUAUUUGAGGCUUUUCCACCCAAGAAGGCCCCCCUCUAUGUGAAGCCACAUACUAGACCCUACACCAAGAAACAGGAUGCUGUACCGGAGAUCUUCUACAGAGAGGAUGAAGUUAGAGCGAAGUUCUAUGUGCAGUAUGGGACUGGUCCUCGGCCUUUAGAUCUGUCCAGGACAAAAUCUGUUUCGACGUGUCAGAGGUUUGUAGACAAGUACACAGAAUUGAGGGGCCACAAUGUGCUGGAGGAGUCUGCUCUGUUUGAGGAGACGGGGAAGGCGUUGCUCACCGAGGGCAUCAUGCUAAGGCGGAGAGGAGUACUUCCUGUGUCAGCAGAGUCCAGGGAUCCAGUGCUUGAGCUGAAGCUGAUGGACAUGUUGGCAGAGCAGCAGUCCGUCGGUGAUGACAGUGAGGAGAGGAGAGAAACCUCGACAUAGACCUCAGCUGCUCAAGGCCUGCUUGAUGAGCUGCAGAUCCUCUGAAGACACUGUCAUUUUCUCACUGCGCUGUGUGCUUUCUUGAUACCAGCUUUCCUCACUUAUAUAUAUAUAUAUGUAUAUUCCACAUAAAUUUGCAAACAAUUCAGUCAAAAGUAAAAAGAGUCUCAGAAUUUUGACUUACUAUCUCAUAAUUAUGACAUACUUUCUUAUUAUCCCUCUGCUGUUACGCCCCGCCCUCAGAAAAAAAACCCUGUGUAUAUAUACAUACAUAUGUAUGUAUACACGCACUAAGUGCGCGUGUGUGUGUAUAUGUGUAUAUAUAUAUAUAUAAUGUGUGUGUGUUGAUUGCCAUAUAGAACUUGGAGUUUGAAUAUUUGUGUUGGUGGAUCUGUAUGUAUAAUUCAUAAUCAGAAAUUCAAUCAAUUGAAGCAGUGAAAAAUUGUUUUUUGUGAUUCUCGCUAAUCUUCUGAUGAGUCUGCCUAAAAAUGUUUUCAAUAUUUUGGAGCCAUUUGGCCUCAUUCAUUGUUAUGACAAGCUCAAUGUUUUGAGUGGUCAUAACAAUUAAUUGUUUUCAAUCUAGGGCUGUACUGCAGCCACAUAUACUGACGAUAUCACUUUACCUGAAACAGUAACUUCUUGUGCUGAAGUUCCUGUACUUCGAUGAAUUUCGGAUCAGGCUGGUAUGGUUAACUCCCCAUGUCCAGGACACUGCUACACUCACUUCCUUGACGGUAACUGACUGUUCCCUAAAGAGCAAAGAAAACUUUGCCUAGUGAAUGUUUUAACGUCAUAAUAAUUCACUUAAAACAGGUAGACAAUGUUUACAUUGUCAGCCAUGAUAAUACACCUCGACACAGAAUCAAUGUAAGACCUCAUCUGAAGCCCCGCUGGUCCAGCUGCUGCUUCGUCAACCCGAUUUCCUGAAUGCAUUUCAAAAUAUUCCAGUUUUGCACUGUGUGGGUAGUAUGUUUCAAUCUUCUGGGCGACGAACAUAGUAGAGAUAUUAAUACAUUGAUAAUAUCUAAUAGAGAGGUACUAACUAAAGGUAAUACUUUGAAGGACUGGUACAUGACCUGUUAGUAAAGACACAUUGAAAAUAUCUAGUUGAGAGGUGGUAACUAAUGGUAAAACCUCUUGAAGCAGCCUCAUCCGGAUCGGGUCUAAGAGUCCGGUAGAAGGUUUAGAAGUAGAAACCGUUUGGUAAAGGAUGAUGGGAGAAAAGACAUCUAAAUAAAUAUCAGGGUUUACAGCUGUU